AUGGAUGAUGGGGAUGGCAUGGACGCGCUCUUCAACAGCUUCAUGAAUGAGGUCUCCAACAUCAAGACCACGAAGAUGAAAAAGAUCGAAGGCUCGGCGGGCACCCCGGAAGAGAUCAUCGAACGGGUGUUGGCCAAGAUCUAUGAUCCCAAGCAAGGAUAUGGCUCCGCCUACGACAUUCUCCAGGUCUCCAAGGAAGCCAGCGAGAACGAGAUUACCAAAGCCUACCGGCGGCUCGCUGUCCUUGUCCACCCGGACAAGUGCAAGCUGGACAAAGCCGAGGAAGCCUUCCAGGUGAUCGUCAAGGCAUACAACGACACCAAAGAUCCGAAUUAUGUAGAGAGGCCUGCUGCAGCCGCAGGAUCCUCCGAGGCGGCCAACGAGGUUGCCGAAGCGAACAAGAAGCGCUACGACGAACAGGCCAAAGAGCGGCGCGAGCGAAAGAAGCAGGAGCCCAUGAUCGCCGGCACCAAUCGGCACGAGCCCCAUAUCACCGAAGGCAAGCUCUAG